AUGAGAGGGCUGCUAUUGGGAUGCAAGUUGCCAGAGAUUGCUAGUGGGAUAAUCGCAUUAGGGUCGACCAUUAUGGAGAUGAUCGACGUGGAAUCUCAAGGGGUUUCGAGCCUGUUAGUGAAAGAAGAGAUACCGGACGGAUUCGUUACGAAGCAAGUCCAGGGAGCGAAGUUUCUGGACCGGAGAGGACCAUUCAAAGUGAGACAUCUUCGUCGUCCGGUCACACAUCUCAAUGUCGGAGAGCGAAAGAGAAAAGUUCACAUUGGCAUGGCAGAUGCUCCCGCGGGGCCUCAGCGGGCAACGAAAUCAGUGCAGCGGCGAACUUUCUGGACCAAUGAGACACUCGAAUGUCUCAAAAGGCUGCACUUUCGCGUCGAGGCGACCAUGGCGACGAGGACCGGCGAUGGGUCGAUGGGUCGAUGGCGUUCGCGUCCCGGCCGAAAGAACGGGAGAUGGGCAAUUGACGUUGUCGCGGUUGGGCGGCUCUACGAAGUCAGACGGCUCCGACGAUGUAUAGGGCGAGGCGCUCCUCCGCGAGCCGAUGAAGAGCUCGCGAGGGGGAGCGGUGCCAGUGCAGAAGCACCAACGUCGUCGGUCUUCCCUCUCUCGCCAGCUCCGCGGAGGAAUGGUUCGGGGGUUGAAGAAUUCAAAGGGGAGGCGCCGAGGUCGCGGGAGGGGAGGGGAGCGGACCGAGAAUGA